GCUAAAGACCCUCCUACCGGCUGGGCUGGAGAAGGAGGAGGCAGUCUGCUCUGCUUGCAGCCUCGGACGAGCCCCCCUUUACCGCCCUGUCAGUGUGGAGGAGAAGGAGAGAGACAGAGAGAGACAGAGAGAGAGAGAGAGAGGCUGAGUGAUAGAGAAAGCGCACGCGAGAGUAAGAGAGAGCAACUGUGUGACAGAGGGAAAGAGAACGAGGCAGGCUGCUUAGAGGAGUGAGAGAGCCAAGGACGAAAUAAGGAACACAUUUUACAAGUGCAGGAAGAGGGAGGAUCGCAGACGAGGGACUCCUUCUCUGCUGGGCACCUGGGACACAGUCACUGUGGGGUUUUAUUCUCCCCACUCGUCUUCUAUCUGGAAACCCAGUGGAUUGACUAACCAACCGGUGGAUUUUUUUAAUACACGAUUGUGCCACAUCAUUUAGAAACUGGGAUCAUUCCUCUGUGUUAUCUUCCCUCUCGCUGGCUCGGCCGCUACAGACUGAGAUUGCUUUCUGUGUCUGUUCUCGGCUCUCGUGUUGUGAUUCUGCUCCGUGCACAAAGUGCAUCUGUCGGCAACCGGUGCUGGAGAUAUCUCCCCUCUGUCAAACAGGACAGCACGCAGCCACCGUCGGAUCAGACUACAGAGGAGAGAGAGACAGUGUGUGUAUGUAAGAGAGAGAGAGAGAGGGGCAGUGAGAGAGAGAGAGAGGGGCAGUGAGAGAGAGAGAGAGUCAGAUUCACAGUGUGUCUGAGAGAGAGGCAGAUUAAAGCCCAGGCGAAAGACUGGAGUGAAACAGCUCAAAACGAGAAGUGAACCUAUACAUCCUCUCCCGUUUUCCUUGCCAUCCCUUUCCUCCUCCUCUCCUCCUCUUCUUCCUUCUCCCAUUUUCCAACAUUCACAGGACUGCCAGAGCUACUGCCACCUGCACCUCUUCACGUCUUCUCUUCCCUCUUCUUCCUCUACCUCACCCUUAUCACGCGUUACUAUCCGAUACCAGCCACUGACGGACACGGCGCUCUUGGUUUCUAGCACUUGUGGAAAUAUUUCCAUUGAUCCAGCAGUGAGAGACUGAGUGAGCAUCCGAUAACUGAGGCUCCGGACCGGUGAGGAGCUUCCCCAUCAGAGGCAAACCUCCUCCCAGCUGCUGUCCGGCACGCAGUCCCUGUCUUCUCCCUGGAGAGCCGGCUAGCGUCACAGUGGUGCGGACAGCAAAGACAGGAAUCGCACAGCCCCUCCGCUGCCUCUUUCCCAUUGCUAGCUACUUGGCAGCUUCCACCCUGUGUCACCAUUCCCUGCCUCAGUGCUAAGGAUUCCAGCUACAUGGGCAAGCGAUUGGAGCAGCAGCCAAUGUACCCUCAGUACACCUACUACUACCCCCACUAUCUCCAGACCAAGCAGCCCUAUGCUCCACCCCCUCAUCCCAUGGCUCCUCCCAGCCCUAGCACCAACAGCUGCAGCCAGGGAGGGGCGGAGCAGCUCAGUAAGACCAACCUGUAUAUCCGAGGCCUGCCGCCUGGGACCACUGACCAGGACCUCAUCAAACUCUGCCAACCGUAUGGAAAAAUAGUGUCAACCAAGGCCAUUCUGGAUAAGAACACCAACCAGUGCAAAGGCUAUGGCUUUGUGGAUUUUGACAGCCCAGCUGCAGCACAGAAGGCCGUGUCGUCUCUCAAAGCCACCGGGGUGCAGGCCCAAAUGGCCAAGCAACAGGAGCAGGACCCCACCAACCUGUACAUCUCCAACCUGCCAGUGUCUAUGGAUGAGCAGGAGCUGGAGAACAUGCUGAAGCCCCUGGGUCACGUCAUCUCCACGAGGAUACUGAGGGAUGCCAACGGGGUCAGCAGAGGAGUCGGCUUCGCCAGGAUGGAGUCCACAGAGAAAUGUGAAGUAGUGAUACAGCAUUUCAAUGGAAAAUACCUGAAAACCCCGCCAGGCAUUCCAGCUCCCACGGAGCCUUUGCUGUGCAAAUUUGCCGACGGAGGGCAGAAGAAACGCCAGAGCCAGAGCAAGUACCCUCAGAACGGGAGGCCGUGGCACAGAGAAGGCGAGACUGGCAUGGCGUUAACAUAUGAUCCAGCUGCAAUGCAGAAUGGGUUCUACUCCUCACCUUACAGCAUCGCCACCAACCGCAUGAUUGCACAGACCUCCAUCACGCCCUUCAUCGCUGCUUCCCCCGUUUCCACAUAUCAGGUCCAGAGUACGUCAUGGAUGCCUCAUCAACAAUAUGUUAUGCAACCUACAGGUGCAGUGAUCACGCCAGCCAUGGACCACACUAUGUCCAUGCAGCCUGCCAGCAUGAUGGGCCCUCUCACCCAGCAGAUGAACCAUCUGUCCCUGGGCACUACAGGAAGUUACAUGACUGCUGCAGCUGCCGCGGCGCCUAUGCAAGGGACCUACAUUCCCCAGUACACUCCUGUGCCUCCAACAGCCGUCCCUGUCGAAGGAGUGGUGACGGACGCCUCCCCCCAGACAGUGGCUCCCUCGUCACAGGAGGUGGCUGGCCAGCAGCAACAGAUCCAGGUGGAGAGUGCUGCCGACCACGUUCCUGCUUACUCAUACCAGUCCAAAUAGCAACGGCCUGAGCGAAUGUUCCUGUGACAGCGUUGCCUUGAGACAGAAGGUGGCUGCACUGUGAAUGUGAGGAAAAGAGAAAAGAAAGAGAUUGCUUCCAGAUUGCCCAGGCACCAAAAAAGAGACACUUUUUUCAUUUCCUACCUGGCCUAUGAUUAAAAAAGAAAAAGAAAAAAAACAACAAUGCAAGAAGGAGGCAAAGAGUGCUGAGGAAGGGGAUGAGAAAAUUGCUGGGCACAGUGCAAAGAAGUGAAAUUGUUUAGUCUGGGAACCUGCCUGAAGGGCUGGGCUGAAGCUUGAAAAGUUUCUCAAAGAAAAUUCUCAACCAAUUAAAAAAAAAAAAAAAAAAAGAAAAAAACAAACAAAUAGAAAACGACAAAAAAAAAGGUUGAAUGCGCAGGUAGGUGAUGAAGUUUAUUUUGUAAUUAGAAAAGGGGAGUCAAGUUUGAGAUACACACAGAGAUUGUCUUCCUCAGAUAUUAAGCUACAAUUUCUUUUCACUCUUUUUUAUGUUCUAGUGUUAAAUUUUAGUUUUCUAGAUAUAUUCAAAAACAAAGUGUUUUUUCUUUCUUGAAUCUUCAUGGCCUUAAUUUGAAGGGCGGCAGAAACUUUUUACAGAGUUAAAGUCUGACGUCAGGUUAGGAAAAAAAAAUAACAAACGAAAUCAGUCUCUUGGACCACACGGAGGGUACAAGACACUGGCUGAGUUGUUCUAAAGAGGAAAAAAGAAUCUAUCACAUAAGCUGUACAGAUUUAAUAGAGAAGAGCUUUUUUUCUUUUCUUCAUUAGAAGAAAACUUUGAUAAUUAUUAUGUCAGAGGUAACUAAGUGUCAGAAGAAAACAAAAUGUCUGUUGGGGUAAAAGACUUGUGGGUGGGGAGAAGAAGCUUUGAAGAGAUUUUUCACAAUGAGGAAAAAAAAAAAGAAAACAUUAAGAAAACAUGCUGCAUUGUGGAUGCAGUCUGUUGCAAAUGCUGAACUUGUUUUUUAUUAUCAUAAUUAUUAUUUUACAUGGCAAAGUUGCUGUCAAUGACAUUAGUGCUUUUUAUCUGCCACAUUUUACCUUUUUUAUGAGCUUUAAGAUGUUUUUAGCCCGCUUUGCUUGUCACACUGCGAAAAGAAAAAAAAAAGAAGAAAGAAAAAAAAUGAUAAAAUGAACAAAAAAAAUUAUGGAAAAAAUUCUGGCAGUGAAAUAAAAACAGUAGAUUCAGUAGGAGCUUAACGGUUUAAACCAAUCAGUGCAAAAGCAAUAGAAGAAAUUGUUGACAAUUUCUGUAGUUCUUUCCUAGUUGUGGAUCAAAUGCAGCCCAUGGAUGGCCAUUUUUAUACCAAAGAUGAAGAGACACUCUGAACCAGAGUUUUGUUUUUGUUUUUUUUUUGUUUUUUUUUUGUUUUCUUUUCCUUUUCAUUUUUCAGUUUGAUUUUGUUGUUGUUGAUGUUGUUGUUGUUGAUGAUGUUAAUGUUGAUAUUGUUGUUGUUGAUGUUGCUGUUGUCGUUGUUUUUUUUAUUUGACCUUGAUGGCCGGACCAGUCCUUACUAUCCUUCUUAGCAUCUUUUUCACCGGGUUUAAGCUAGUUUUCCACGGUUGUCCAAGCUGUCACACACACACACACACACACACACACACACACACACACCACACACAAACACACACACACAGAUACAUAUCUCAACAUGCAUACACUUACUGUACAAACUCUCACACACACACACACAUCAAACAGUAUUUAAAGUGUGAUGCAACCAGUGGCAGUCCUACCAAAAGUCCUUUAUCUUCACCUCCUCUUCUUCUUGUCUUUUGGUUUCAUUAUAUAUGUCUCAUUACGAUGCUUUCACACACCGUGGGUGCAUUCCACCUCUCUCUAUCUCUCAGAUCCUGCAGGGAAAACUUUAGGAAACAGAUUGGGGAAUGUUGCUUGCUACGCUCCGUGGUUGUCGAUACACUGCUUCCAGCUUUGUCCCCUUAGUGAUUUCUGUCUCUUUAUCUCUUCAAGUCAACCAUAACUAACUCAAACAUUUCUCAACAUACUGAGCUUCAGUGUUGAACUGGGAACCUCACUGCUGCUGCUGCUGCUGCUGCUGUUUGACCUCCUGUUACCCUCUGUCAUGUAUCACCAAACAUAGGUCACUUUUUUGAGUAUUUACCCACCCUGAAUACCAGUUGAGUGGUGUUUGCUGCAUUUUGUACAUCAGGUGAGUUGUUAGGCCCAAGAAGUGUACAAAUCAAAGCUUUUAGCAAUGAUUGCAUAAACUUUAUGGCACUUACUGACUUAUCGCAUUUGGCAGCCAAAGCAUAAUAAAACAACCUUGAAGAAGUUAUUGAAAUGCUUAAAAGAAUGAUUGAACUUUUUUGGGAUAUAUGCUUGUUCACUUUCCUCCUGAGAGUUAGAUCAGAGGAUUGACUUCACUCUCUCUUCUGUAUGGGAAAUAUGAAGUUAACGGCAGCUGGUUACUUAGCUUAGCACAAACAUCGGAAACAGGGGGAAACAGCUAGCCUGGCUCUGUCCGAAGGUAAUUAAAUCCACCUACCAGCAUGUCUAAAGCUCACUAACUAAAACAAGGUUACAAAGUCCUUCACAGGACACGGAUGCAGAAAAAUAAGAAGCAUACAGCCUUACACAGAAAGGACGCAUAAACAAAUACAGAGGACGCAAAUAAAUUACAGGGGCAGAUUGCUAGAGAUGGGUUUUUAUAUUUGAGGCCAGUCUCAAUAUUAAUUCUAUGAACCUCUGUGGAUGUGCGCUCCAUUGUUGGUUGCUUCCAUUUACCUUUUUAUUUACUUAGUUAUAUAUUAAUUGUGUUCAUUUACUUUCUCAUAAAGUUCUGGGGCAUCUCAUAUCUUUUCCCCUCCAUGUUCCAUCUCAGGUUCUGUAAAAUAAAUUUUGUCAGGUAUUUGUUAUUCAUAUUACCCUCUCCCAACAUGCUCUGUUUAUGUAUUUCAUUUUGUGGUCUAAAACGUAAAUUUUGCCACAAAGGGGUUUUUCACUCCUUCGAACUUGUACAGAUGAGCUUCCUGUCUGUGAAUUAUUUGAUGAACUGUAGGGAUAUUGGCAUACAAAAUAUUUAGAUUUAUUUUACAGCUUUACACAGAAAGGACGCAUAAACAAAUACAGAGGACGCAAAUAAAUUACAGGGGCAGAUUGCUAGAGAUGGGUUUUUCGAAGUAUUCAAAGCAGUUUAUGGACUCAUCUGAUCUAAAAGAGGGGGAGAGAGUUCUAGAAGGACAUGAUUAAUAUGUCAUAUCUUGUUUUUUAAUCUAUACAAAAAACUGAGAAUAAAAACGCCACCUUGUGGUGUUACAGGGGUUCACAUGCCGGAUUGUUUCUUGGCCAAAGGCAGUAAUUUACUGGUGUCUUGUCGUCAUCGUGAGCGUAAAGACCUCGACACACCAAACCGCAAUCAAAGAACUAGUACUGACGAAAGCCGACUUUUGCAUUAGCUCAUGUUCAGCCAAAAAGUUGCACUUGAACACAACACAAAGACAACAGCCAACAGCCCACUAGCAUGUAUGUUCUGUGCCUGCAUGUGAGGAAAUAACUUUCCAUAUAUGCAGGCAGAGGUAGUCUGUAUUCGUCAUUUAAAAAGGGUAACCAGCCUGACAGAUUCAAGAUGCUAGUUAGCCAGUUAGCACCUUAACAACACAACCCAAUGUUUAAAGAACAAAGCAUAUUUACCUUUGUUUCAUUUGUUUGUUUAAUAACAAACAUUUACAAACUGUUUCUGCUAAAGAGCAUAUAGUAAUGGCUAAAACACUUAAUCUUACCUCAUAAACAAGUUUGUUUCAACCUCAUUCCCUUUUUACCUUAGUUACCUAUUUGCUUUACUAACUUCUGUUUCUCUUUUCGUGCAAUGAGCUGAACUGCCAAUCAACAUGCUGAAUUUGCCGAAAUAAAGCCUACAAGGGCAGACUAGUGCCAACGGAGCAUGACACACCAUCACCAAAAGUAGGGCAACAGAUGCUCACCCACAACCCGCCACAGACCGAUGGCUGACCGUCUGCUUGGUGUGUCAGGGCCCUAAUAUUGAACCAGCAAGGAAUUACUGUGAAGUAAUGUGGCACAAUUCCUUUAAUACACAUCUGAACAGAGACAAGACUUGUUUGCAUUGUAAGACUACCAUCAGUCUGUGACACUAACAAGGCCAGGAAGAAGUGUGCUUAAAGGACAGUCUGUCUUGAAUGUUCCCUUGAUCAUUUGCCCGACACAAGCGGUGGAGGUCAGCACACCUGCGGGAACUAACUAGGCUCCUCACCAGCCAUAACAAGAUGUUGAUGGCAGUUCCUUCCCCUGCCCCACCUCUGAGUGUCAGCUACACCCCUGGUUGUCCCAGUUUGUUGCACAAACAACCCUGUCACAUCUUAUCCGGUCUUUCCAUCCCAGAGCUGUGUCGGGUUUUCAAUGAUUUCAUCUCAGAGGAUUGUCCCCAGAAGAAAUUGCCUGUGGGACAGCAGCCAUUUCUGCCCCCAUUACAGCAGACUCUGUGUGUCAGGAGCGCUGUGUGUCUGCUCUGUUCGCCCAUGCUUGCCCGCUCUGCCCCACUGUGGGGCUACGACGCUAAAAAGACCCCGUUUUUUUCCCUGCUUCACUGGCACCAUUAAUGUGCCAUGGCCAAGCCAGGCUCCUUUUGCUCUCAUUUUCCCUCAUUCACUCCCUCUUUUCUCCCCCUCCUCUCUCGCGCUCUCUCUGAGGUUUCUUCUCUUUAUUGGAUGGUGCACAAGCAGAACCACAAACCAAUUUCAGUCACUCUCGCAAUGAGGCUUGACGGGCCCAAUUUGUCUCCCUCCGGGGCAAUAGGAUCCACUCCAGUGUCCCUCAAAAGACCCCUUUCUUCCAGACAGAGAGGGAGCUUUUUGUUUGGUGACAAUUGCAAUUGAGCUCUUGCAGUUCAUGUGACUCAUUCAAAUCUAAGUCCAGCAGUGCGCUUUGGGGCCAUGAUGGCAUGUUGUGCACAUUACAGGCAAGCUACGUCAUCGUGCGUGGCAGUGUAUGUAACUAUUAAUCAAAUUGUACAUCGAGUGCCUUUUUACGAAGCUUCCAAAUGAUUCCAAAAAAAAGCACAUGGAAGAGCUUGCUUGAUUCAGUUGUGCUAAAGAAAUGCUACACAAUAUCAAAGCUACUCUAUGGUGCUAAAGAGGAAGCAUUCUCAGGCUUGUGCCUUCAUUGUGUUCACUGAUCUCUGUGACAAGCCGGCCACUGUUGAUCAUUUGGCCAUCAGCUCUCUCCUAACAGGCCACCUGUCCGCUUGACGACACUCAAAAGAAACAGGCACACAGGUUCCUGAGGUGAACUGCACCUUUAAAAGCCAUACGUACAUUUUCUUUUUCCUCAGUGUGUAUUAAUACCUGCUGUUUAUUCUUAUCUUCCAUCUACCAACGGAGGUCAAAAGCCAAAUGUGUCGUUCUAACCGUCUCUCAAUGACCGUUCAGCUGUUUAUUGUACAAUCAAAUCAGCACCUGCCCUUCUCCUUUCAUCUCAUCUGCCACUCAACAUCUGCUUGUACUCUCCUCCAGGCUGUGAUCUGCUCUUAUCUUCCCAUAAACAAGCCGCAUUACGGUCUUUAACGGCUAACAACUGACAAACGUUGAGUUUUAGAGCUCCCUGGACUUCCCCCAUGCCGCUUAUCUGUUCGUCAUUGUCACAUCAACUCGCUAGGUUCCAUCCCUGAGUCAUUUUAAGUGUGAACAGAGCUGCUAAACUACAACAUUACCAGUUUUAAGCUAGUAUGUGUGUGUCAGUGUGCGUGCAUGAAGAGUUCUUCUACUCGACAGUACAACUUCUAGCGAGGUUGUGAAUCCAGCGUAGCUAUAGCCGAGUUCUCUAGACUUUUACAGCUGCUGUUUUAUAGAGUAGAGGAGACAUUUUUGAAGCUUAAUAGGACUCAUAAUGCAGGAGUUGCACAUCGGAAAGCAGAGCGUCCCACAAAUGGCCUGAGAUUCAAUAGUAAUGGCAUUAUGGGAAAUAGGAUUACAAAUAGCCAAGAGAUUAUGGGAAAAAAUGCACAACAAAGAAUAUCAGCUCUGUUUUGCUAAUGGAGAUUCAAGACAGAAAAAAGAGAUGUUAAGGCAGGUGUUUGCAUUUGGUGUGCGCUACCAAUAUUUCACAGAGAUCUGAAAGAACCGACUGAACAAACAGAAAAUGGCUUUUUCUUAAUAGCACAAUGGCAUAAUGUAUCUUUUUAGAAUACCAGUACCUUUGCGGAAGUGUACAGAAGGCAUGUCUGCAAUUUUAAGGAGGCUGUAGCAGAAACGCUCUGCUCCCAGUCAGCCCAUGUGUCAGCACAAACCAGGAGCCAGCUAUACCAGGAGAGAAAGAGUGUGUGUGCGUGUGUGUGUGUGUGUGUGUGUGGGAAAGAAAGAGAGAGGGAUCAUUAGCUCCUGUUGCCGGGCAGAAGUGGUCAUAGCCUAGAGUUUCUCCAUCUUCAUGCAGCAGUAUGUCCUUUGUACAGGACUCCAGGAGGUGACCUUGCCUGACCCAUCACUAAUUAGCAACACUCUUUCUCUCCUAUCACACAUAGACAUACGCUUUCACUCCUUUUCUACCCAGUUGAUCUUCAUUUUCCACCUCUGCCAUACCUUACCACCACUUUCCAUCCAUCCAUCUGCAUUAGCUGCAUUCCCUCCUUCCCCCUCUUCAAGUCCACAUCAGCAUACCCUUCAGACUCCAAUCUGCUGCUCUCUUGAGGUAUUAGGAUCUCAAGUACUCUCAUGCCCCUUUUCCACCAACAUGGAACAGGUUCCGAUCCGGUUCCCGCACCUAACUUUGAAUCAGUCUGAACAUGUCGACCAAAAAUAAAUUGGUUUGGAGCCCAAAAUGUUGGUUCUCAGCUGGAACCAGAGAAUGACAGGUUUUUCUUGAAGUGCAAACGGUGACAACAUCAAUGGGCGUGUCAUAUUCUAUAGAUUGGAAAGAAAGAAAGGGCAACAAUGGAGAAGUCAAGUGCGAAAUUGUUGGGGAAUAGAGAGCAUGCAGUGGUCUCAUUAACCAUUGGUUCAUGCUUGUUUUUUUUUUUUUUUGCUAAAAACAAAUAUCUGUAAUAACAGAUGUGCAGUGUGCAAUGCCCUCUGUUGAUGACACAUCCUUGGUGACAAAGAUUCCGCUCCAAACUGGUGGAAAAGCACGCUAGUUGGUAGAUAGCACCAACGUUCCAAGAAUCCUGAACGGGACCAGUUCAAGAACCAGAGCUAAUUUGGUGGGAAAGGGGUAUUAGUGAAGAUUGGCCCGAGAUCCAGCGGCCCAUAUCACCAAAUUUGCAACAUCCUGGUCUCCUCAGGUGUCAGUUCUUUAAGGCAAGGUGCUUACUUCACUGCGUUCUCAAUCCGUCCAUAACUCACCUUUGUCACUGUCACAGGAGUGAACUCAUUAGAUGUAUCACAUGUCAUACUCAGUUGUCACAAGUCCUUUGAUGACAUUCUUGAUUAGAAUGGUGCCACUCAAAAAAGUGGGCUGGUUUGCUAGAUUCGAAACCAGUUCAAGAACCAGAGCGAAUUUGGUGGAAAAGGGGUAUUCGCGAAGAUUGGCCAGAGAUCCAAGGGCUUGUUUCACCAAAUGCAUCAUGAAAGCUGCGAUUUGAAUCAUGACAUCAUGUCCUUUAUUAAUUCUGACACAUUUUACUAAGAAUUUGUGAAACGUGGCGCUGACACCAGUUGCAAUCCAUGUCCAGGUGCUGCUCCAGAAUGACUACUGUGAAACAGGCUCAUGAAUUAUAGGCCAAGUUGCCACCAUCACAUUCAUUAGUUUCUGUUAGCAGGGACAGCAGGUUGGAGGUGUCCUUGUUGGGAUGUCAUUCACUUUGCUGAGUAAACCUGGGCCCUACUGGUGCUCUGUUUGACUACUUAAGUGUCAGGAUGUUACUGUUUGCUGCCAUAGUGCCAAACUGUGAAAGCAAAGUUUAUGCAAUCACAUAUUACACAUUUUAAGUGUCACAAUGCAGUAAAUCUCACUCAUCUGGUGCCCUGAGGAAGUGAAAGCAGAUGCUCAGAAUUGUUUUCCAACUUUUGUUCGAUACAGGAAAAGGAAGAAUUCUGUACAUUAAGAGCAAUGCGGGGAAAUGCAACCUUCCGUUCCCGUCAGUCUUCUGUGGAUAACUCCCACACUCUCUACAAAGUAAAUCUGAUCUCCUGUGAGCUUAUACCUUCUCUGAAAUACCUGAUAAACACAAAUCUUGAGACUUUACCCUCAUCCUGGUCUUAUCUGGUGUCAGUUUUUCAAGGUGAGGUGCUUUCUUCACUGUGUUUAUUUUUUAAAAAACAGUCUCCUCAAUCCGUCCCUAACUCACUGUUUCUCACUAUCACUGCCACCAUACUUAAAUCUGACAUGAUCCCCAAAGUAAUGUAUGCAGCGUGGCUUCCGCACUGUCACAGGGGUCAACUCAUUAGAUCUAUCACAUCUCAUACCCACUUGUCGCGAGGUUUCCCGUGAACCGAGUUGUAGCCAUUCCACAUUGAUUCUCGUGUGUUAGGAAAACAGUAGUUCAGAGUUACUCUCACAGCCCGUCUCCCACUGAGUGUAAAAGAGAACCGUGGCUCAAUAACUCAUCACAGACCAGCACAUACACACUCACACACUCUCCGCACACAUAAUGCAGUGGGAAAAUUGCUCAAACUGCCCCCCCACAAGAGCGAGGCCCUGUGCUUUUUAAUUGAUGCUUCGGUCCACCUUUGAUGAGAGCUAUUGAUUGGCCACACAACCCCAGGAGCGCAGCCAGCCAGCCAGCCAGCACAGCCCCUCGUGGAGUUCAAACAGCUCCCUGAGAAAUACAAAAUCCAACAAUCUCUAGGAAAUGGCCGACCAAAUUGUUUAGAGAUAGCCUGCACAGAAAGUGCGUUGGGCGUGGGAAUCGUUUACCAGAUUAAAAGAGGAACUAUUUAUUAGGACAGCAGAGCGGUUUUUAAUUUUUAUUUUAUUUUUUUUUUCUCUCUCUCUCUUUUUGUUGUUUUCGUUAGUUUUUCACUUUUCUUGGUUUCAGCGCCGAGGAGGACAUGGUCACGCCUCGCACACGCUGCUCAGUGUGUGUGAUCUUUGAGAAACUAUCUGUACAUCUGUGGAUGUUAGGAUUUGACUUGGGUUUUAUGAGUUGUUUUUUUUCUCUCUCUGAUGAAGCUUUCAAUAAAAAAACAUUGUGGAAAAAAA